UCGGCAUGGGCGCCGCCAUCUUGCCGGAAUCCACGUGUCGGCAUGGGCGCCGCCAUCUUGCCGGAAACCACGUGUCGGCAUGGGCGCCGCCAUCUUGCCGGAAACCACGUGUCGGCAUGGGCGCCGCCAUCUUGCCGGAAACCACGUGUCGGAAUGGGCGCCGCCAUCUUGACCGAAUCCACGUGUCGGCACGGGCGCCGCCAUCUUGCCGGAGUCCACGUGUCGGCACGGGCGCCUCCAUCUCGCCGGAAACCACGUGUCUUCAUCAGCGCCGCCAUCUAUCCGAGCCCAGAGGCUACCCCGACGCCUUAGAUGCCCCUUCCCGCGACGCCGCCGGCCUCACGCGAACCGGAAUAUCAUUCCGGCCCCCGGGGACCCGCGGAGAGCGCAAAAAUCCCGGCAAAAAUCGAGAAAAAAGAUCCGGUCAUGGGGGCCGCCAUCUUCCCGGAAACCACGUGUCGGCAUGGGCGCCGCCAUCUUGCCGGAAUCCACGUGUCGGUAUGGGCGCCGCCAUCUUGCUGGAAUCCACGUGUCAGUAUGGGCGCCGCCAUCUUGCCGGAAUCCACGUGUCGGCAUGGGCGCCGCCAUUUUGCCGGAAACGACGUGUCGGCACGGGCGCCGCCAUCUUGGAUUAGGCAGCACAACACAGCAACCCUAACAGCGAGACCAGAGAGCAACCCUCACACACCAGGACAAUGACAGAACCCUCAGAGAACAACAGACCCACUGCGGCUAGAGAGCAACAGCAGGUGUUUCUGGGCAUCUAAAGCAUAGAGGCUUUGAAGAUUCUGUGAAGUAAACAGCAUGGAAUACAGGGAGUAUUUAGACUCAUGAUUUUGGCUUUUGUGUUUAGGGGUGGUAAAGUGCAUUUGUAAUUUCUGGUUUUGUUCUUGUUUUGUUUUGUAUUUUUUUUUAGGAGGAGCGCAGCAUCCAGAGAUUCCUGGUUGUGUCAAGUACAACACUUUUUUCAGCAGAUUCAUCAUGUCACAAGAGGGAUCCGCCCAGUGUCAAGGAUGAUGUCUGAGAUUGAGGCAUCAGGAACCCCACCCUCUCCUAAUCAGGACCCCCAGCCGACACCAAUCAAGCCUAAUCAGCACCCCCAGCUGACACCAAUCAAGCCUAAUCAGUACCCCCACCUGACACACCCCCAGCUGACAGCAAUCAAGCCUAAUCAGUACCCCCAGCUGACACCAAUCAAGCCUAAUCAGUACCCCCAGCUGACACACCCCCAGCUGACACCAAUCAAGCCUAAUCAGUACCCCCAGCUGACACCAAUCAAGCCUAAUCAGUACCCCCAGCUGACACACCCCCAGCUGACACCAAUCAAGCCUAAUCAGUACCCCCAGCU